AAAAACAGUAAGAUGCCUAUUCAGGUGAAGGAUUUUGUUUGGGAAGAAACAGAUGAAACAGUUUUGAUAACUGUUCCUUUGAAAGGAGUACCAACUAAAAAAGUGGAUAUAUUUUCUGUUGAUGACUAUAUCAAGGUAUGUUAAUUAACCAGUGUUUUAAUGUAAAACACUCCUUAAAGAUCUUUAACCAGCUUUAACAACAAAUAGCAACGCAUACAAUACAGUAUAUGAUUUCGACUGUUUAACGGGACUAAGCAUUAAUUCGUGUGUCUGUUUACUGUGAAACUCCCACAACCGUGCACAUCGGAAAUAUUUUUGAAGUGCAGCCCCUUGUGGCAAAUGUAUUGGGCCGUUAUGUACCAGUCAAAUCCAACUUGGAGCUGCCCCCCCCCCACCCCCCCACGUGGGGUAUUUGCCUACCCUGUCAGUCCUGGGGGUGGGGCAUUAGCAAAUUUUGUGUGGCCUAGGGGUCGCUGGGCAUUUGCCUAUCCAGGGCAACCCAGCUUUUGACACACAUGGUUUCCUAUCCUCAUAUAACUAAACAUGAAGGAUUUUACUAGAAACACAAGAAGAGUCAUCUAUCAAGGACGUGAAGUGGUUAGGCUUAGGGUUGGGGGGGGGGGGCUGGGCAUAGACAGAUUUGACUGAUGCAUUCAUAUCUGUAACCCCUGGUUGAGGACUUAUAUAUCUUUUCUUCUCACCCUUGAAGGAUUCCAUAAAAUUGCAUUCACCCCUCAAGACUUCCUUAAAAUAUAGGGUCUACCCCCAAAGAAUAUGGGUUACCCCUGAUGAAUUUUGUGAAAAAGUGAUUUUCCCUUCUUAAUUUGUCCCUGAAGAUUUUGUUGAAAAUUAAAGCCUCAUUACUCAAAAUAACAAAGUACAACAGUUACUGUAGACUGUGUCAGUGAUGUUCAAUGUGAACAGUUUCUAGUGCAAGUGAGAAUCAGUUGGUCAUGUUGCAUUUCCUUCACUUAUUUGUAACUGUUUACUACCCUUUCCAUUCGAAAAUUUCACCUGGUCAUUAAAAUUUUUGGUGUUUCCUUUAAAAAGAUAAUAAGUUAUUGUUACUCCAAAUUUAUCUUUUUAGAUGAUUAACGAACGUAACGAUGUUGUCAAAGCAUUUAUGGAAGUAGUAAUAAAGUAUAAGCGUAACUAAAGCUGUUCUUUGCUGAUGUUUCCCAACUCUGAAACAUGUUAAAAAAUCUCAGUAUUGAUAAAAUCAAUAACGCUGAUAAAAUUCAGUGAAGAUGAUCCAAAAUUGAUAAAUAUUAUAUUGUUAUUGGUUGGUCUCACUAUUUUCCCCUACCAAUUUUUAUCGACUAUUAAUCCAGUUAAUCAGCUUUUAACGAUUGCUAUCAAAAUAAUGUUAUCAAUUAUGUUGAUAAUAAUGCCUAAUGCAUCCAACUUAGCUUGUAAUUUUAUAGCCAUAAUACCAAAAGGUGAACAUAACAUAACCAAGUAGCCCUACUGUGAAAUGAAAAGCUAAAAAGCUAGGUUUUUAUACGGUGAAAGAGAGUUUGUGGUUAAAAUCCACACCCAUAAUUUUAUAGUCAAAUAGAGGAAUGGUAUGCAAAAUUCCUUUGUCCAAGAGAUUUUGAAUAUUCUUGUCAGAGGAUUCCAGACUCAUGGGACUUUGUGUUUUGUAUGCACUAAGAACAUUGUUUGCUAAUAUUCUACAGGUUAGCUAUCCUCCAUAUUUAUUUGAAGCCUUCCUUUAUGAUAAAGUAGAAGACACCAAGAGUAAGGCAACAUUUGGCAAUGGGAUUAUAACAUUUCAUCUUGUAAAAAGGAGUCCAGUUCAGUGGAAUCACCUACUAGCUCCAGAGUCUGAGGACAAAGAUUUCAAGAAAAGAAGAAGAGAAGAAGCUAUCAAUAAAGCACAUGACAGAGCCAAGAAAGAAAAGGAACAAAAAGCCGCAGACAAACGGGAACAGGAGAAAGUUGCACUAAGAGAGCAGAUGAAGGUAAAUCAUACAAGGGUUACAUACAAUAUAUAGCAGGGUUUUAAACAAUAACAGAAAAAUAUUAAUAUUAUUCUUCAUCUUCAACUCCUUCACGAAGCGAUGAUAAGUACUACUUGUGAUGUCAUCAACAGAGAUAGCAGAUGCUUCAAUAGGUCCAGCAGCUCUGUUGUAACCAGUUAUGUUCAGAUCGAGGACGCUAUCAUAUGUAGGUCUGCAAUAGCUGUCACAACCUGAUGCGGAGAUCUUCAGGCAGGAUGUUGUCAGGUUCAGUUGACAUGCUAGAUGAAAAGGGGAGGGAAUUCUUGGGUUUUACAGGCUGUCACACACUGGGGAGAGACGGGGUGGGGGAAGGAGAUGAUGUCUCUUCUGUAGGUAGGAUCCUACUGAUUGUAAAUGUAAUGUAUUGUAAUUGUUUUUGUGUGCGAAAUAAAAAAAAUAAAAAAAGGAUCUUACUGAGGUGUUUGUGGUGACCAAUGAGUUUAGGUUCUUUUUGGUGUGGACAGUUUCCAGGAUUUGGGGCUCAGGCCAGAUGGAAGUAGGUUUGGUAUGUCUAGGUAUUGGGGUGUCUGUGUGUGGUUGAAGGGUUAGGGGGGACGUCCAGCUCUACAUAAUCACUGGGCCAAAGAACAGUUGUAGACGAUGGUGCGCAUAAAGUGUAACAUUGCACACAUCGCACAGCAUGGGAAGCAGGGGUUGAGGCAUUCAUAUGCCCGUAGUGGAUGACCUCAGAGUCUUGAAUGUAUACACACUUGGCACUUAGCAGGGCGAACAGAGAUGUCAUUGGCGAUAAGGAGGGGUGUGCCUGCAAGGACGUCUACAUCUAAGUCAUCGACAACGAGGGCGUCAAGAGCAUGUUGUUUGUCAGUGCAAGAUAAGGUAAGGCAAGUUUCACCAAUGACAGCUAAAGGAGUCAGACCAUCAGCUUGAAAGCUUGCCGGGAAUACUUAGUGUUUGGUGCGCCGAUGGAACAGGCUAGAGAAGACUUGAUCAUGCUAGUCUCUGUACCUGUGUUGAGGGUGAGCUGUGUUAGUUAAUGCCUAUAGAAGGCUUUGAAAACAGGUGACUGUUUAGUGCUGAUGGUCGUGACAUGAGACCAACAUGAUGGGUGCUCAUCUUCAUCUGUGAAGAGAGGAGGCGAAUGUCAGGAUCUUUGUUGUCAAGAGUAGACAUUUCAUGAGACCAAGACAGAUAAGUAUGAUCCUCAGGAGGUAAAUAAGGGUAAGAGCUGAGGAAGGGUUGGUCAUUGCGACCGGCCUGUUUGCAAAGUGGGCAGGACUUUGGUUGCUUGGUAAGAGCCCAUGGCUGUGAAGAAUGCUUGUGCAAAGGGUGAGGCAGUGGCUGUCUGAACCUCGACACUGUGGUGUGGAGGACUUUGUUGUGGGCAGUACUGUGAAUUUCCUCGAGAAUAGAAUCAAAAACCUGAGAAAUUUUAGGUUUCAGAAAAGCCAUAGUCUUAGAUCUUAAUUCAGUGCUGUUUUAUGAGUGCGGGAAGGACAUUAAAUCCUGAUAAAUCUUUGGGUGUUCGUUAACUCUAAUUUGAUGUUGGAGAAAUCUAGGAAGUGACUGCACCAGUAGACUGGAAGCCGUAGUGGGCCCUUAUAAUUUGCCGAACGGAAUUUGCCAAAUUAGAUGGUACCAUUUUUGCUCAUGACUAUCGUGCAUGACUAGCAUAUGCCACAACUUCAUGUCAGAUCAUGUCGUGUAAAUUAGACCCAUGACAUCCAUACGACACGUGUGGAUGUCAUAAGUGAAAAUUGCGAGUGUGUGGAUGGUCGAAAGUUGUGACAUAUGCUAGUCGCACCAAUAGUCAUGCGCAAAAAUCGUACCAUCUAAAUCAGCGUUUAGAAUUCAUGGUUUGACAAUAUGAAACAAGAUACAAGAUAGAUGCGAUACAAACACACGAGAAGAGAAAAACCAGUAACACAAUGCCGCAGGAACUGCGUGCUGGCAUUACUUGUAGAGGAUGAACAAGUCUUUGCAAACAUGCUCAAAUUUACAACAGACUUUUUUCCAGGUCACAUUCCGCAGGCCUUUCAGAGUACACUUCAGUGUGCUACAGAUGAAUAUAUUAAAAGAAAUUAACUGUUUCCUUCAUGCCUUAAUAUUACUUUUGAUGUGCUUUCUUAGAUCUAGGGAAAACUGUUUAGAAUACUAAGCCUUUGGUAAAACAGUGAGCUUUGGAAUAUUAUAAUACCUGUAAAAGAAUUUUCCCUUGCUCAAAUGUGAUUACAACAAACUCAACAGAGAUACAAUUGUAAAAAGACAUGUUAUUUCGACUGGCAAAUUAAGGGUGUUUCUUGGUGUUGUGGAAACUAUUGUUGGUUUGCUUAAAUUGUUCUGGGUGUGGGUAUUGUUUGGUGUCUUAAAUUUCGUCUUUUGUAAUGUCCUUUGGUGAUCGCACCUAGCUGUCUGCAACACCAAGAAACUAACAAAAUUAUUUUCACUGAGACUCUUGCCUCCUGGACAUUCUGUUGAAAAAAUGUAUAUCCUUCACUUUCAAUACAUUCAAAUAACAAAUAUAAAUAUUCAAAAAUACAAAAUUCAAAAUACAUUCAAAUAACUUCCAAAAAUUUCAAAAUACAUUCAAAUCAAUUUCAAGAAUUUAUCCUUCACUUUCCAUAAAAUAAUGUACUCACACCCAAAAAGCUGUAUGUUUGUACUGGAAGGGAAAGCAAGGUGAGAAGACUCAGAGAUGCAUGCAGAGUUAGAGUUGAAAACAGAGUUUUUUUCUUUUUCUCUCUCUUUUUUUGACCAGCUUAACAAGCUGCAGAUGAGAGUUUUUUCAGAAAUAGCAAAAUCUACUUGUAGUGAAUACUUCAGUAAAAAUACACCUCCAUUAUUGUAUUUUGUUUAUUUGCAGGUUAUAAUUUCUUUUAAUGUAUAUGUUGUUGUUAAUUGCCAGAUAGAACAGGAAGAAAGGGCCAAAAUUGAUGCCAUAAAGGAAGAGGAACGUAAGAAAGCAACAGAGGCAAUUGAAAGAUGGAAAGAGAAUCAAAAAUUGCAUGUUACUCAAGAAAUAGAAACUUCAAAAGAAGAUCAUUUAGUUAUGGAUGAUAACAAGGACAGUGAACUGGAAUUCAAAGAUGAGAAACCUGAUAUUAAGGAGACAAAAGUUGAUGAAAGUGAUGGUGAAACUCAGAUGAUGACAAGCUAUAAGCCCACUGUAAAAGUGCAACCAUCCCAUAAUAACAAAAGGACAACUGGUAUGUUUUCAAAUAUUUUAUUAAGAUCCAGGAUGUGCAUUUAAUCAUUUAUUAAAACCUGAUCCUUUUUUUUGUUUUCCCUCUUGCCAUUAUCUUCUUUCUCCUGGGAUCCUUUACAUAAAACCUGAACUAAGACACCUAUUAUUAAUCUGUUACAGGUGCACUUACAGGCAUUUUGCAUAGAACCGUAGUUAUACUCAAAGAAGAGUAACACAUGCAUGAAAGAUGUUUCGCAAGUAUAGCCUGAGAAAACAGCUGACAUUUGGUGACGCUACCACUGGUUUCCCUGCCAAAUAAUGUCUGUGAAACAAGCGCAGAAAUUUCAUACUGAUGAUGUGUCACUACCCAGAUCUGGGUAGGGCUUCUGAUUGGUCGAAUCAAGUUUUCCCCACGGCACAACCAAUCAGAAGCACUACUCAGAUCUGGGUAGUGACGCAUCAAAUUUCUGCGCUCAUUUCUCAGAGGUCAUUUGGCAGGGAAACUGGUGGUAGUGUCUCCAAAUGUUGGCUGUUUUCUCAGGCUAUUGACAGUGUUGAUAACAGCGAUUGUUACUGCUUCCAGUGCCAAGAAAAAAAAAAUGUGACUCAAAAAGUUUGAAAACAUUAAUUUUAGCAGGUGGUCGAUUGACGGUGACCAUUUCAUCGUUGAAACUGCAGAUAAUAAUAAUAAUAAGACAUUAAUAAUAUUCAUCAAGCACCCUUUCCUAAGGGUCCAAAAGGUGCUUUAUGCAGUUAAAAUUUAAAAAGUGCAAUCAAAGUUUAAAAUUUAAAAACCACAAGGAAAAAAAAAUAAUAUAAGAUAUGAAACACCACAGUCACAUCAUUAAUAAUAUUAAAAGGGCGCAUCUAAAAAGAACAGUUUUCAGCUGUCUUUUAAAAAUGUCCCAUGAUCCAGCAUCUCUAAUAUGCUGAGGAAGACUGUUCCAAAGAAGUGGCGCAGCACAGAAAAAGCAUGAUGGCCAUGACUAUUGAUGUUAAAAGCCGGUACAGCAAGUAGAUUCUUCUUUGAAGACCUAAGAUCCUGUGCAGGGAUGUAACUAUGAAGAAGAUUUUUAAUAUACAGUUGUAAGCAGGAGCCAGUCCAUAGAGAGUAGGUAAUGAUAAGUAUCUUAAAUUCAAUUUGGAGAUCAAUAAUGGGAGCCAUCAUAAAAUAGAUGAUUUUUUUAAUGUCUGAAAUAAUAUAAAAUUAACUAAUAUAGGCAAAAUGGUACAAAUAAAUUUCACUCACAUCACAUGCGGUUUCGAACCAAUACUCGUCAGUUUUUUUCUGUUAAAAUAACGUAUUUUUUAAAAUGUUUCCUAAAUAAUACAGUAAAAUUAUGCUGACCCACAAUGGGAUUAACAUGUCAUGUAAGCCCCUCUAGUCAUGUGAUGCAAAAAACAGCCAGUUUGCCUAACAACACAUUACAGCUGACAGCACACUUGUUCUGCACCCUACAAAACUGCUUUGCUGGGAAAAUUCACAGUUUUUGCACUGUGAACUCGGUACCUAACAUAAUAACCUGAGAUUAGUAGCUUUCAUAUACAUGCUGAAAUUUUAUUAAGAGUCUAAUCAAGGGUUACAGGCAAACCUACCGUGCUGGGCAAACUCAAGAUUUUUACACUUUCAGCUCUGCACCAAUCACAACUUCAUUUCUGUCUUUUGACUUAAUUUGUGUUGAAAUAAAGUAUGUAAUCAUUAUUUUACACACCUUGAUUUUCCUAUCAUUUUUAAACAUGAGUUUAAAACGUAAAUCAGUAAGUGGGUAACGUAGCACAUUAUAAGAUACCAGUAGUAUUAGUUAAGCAAAAAACCUUUUCUUUCACCUCUUACUUAAAAUCUCAGUUGUAAACCUCACUAACGUGCAGGCCCUAUAUAGGUCCUGUAAAUUUACGUACUUUUGUUUCCACCAAAAAACCUUUUUUUACAACACUUACAGUUUCUGUUGCAUAAACAACAAUAGUGUGACUUACUUCAUAAUAUUGUUAGUGCAAUCCUCAUUCAAAGUUGACCACAUUAUUUUAUGCAACUCUAGAAGAUUUUUUUUGUGGUAACAGUGUCCUUAAGCGGGUGAAUUCAGUCCAGUGCAGUGCAAGGAACAGCACUUUCCACUGAAAGUUAAAAAAUGACUAGACUUAGAUAUGGCUGACAGCAUGCAGUUAUUGGCAAUGAUGACAAUAAGAACAGUAAAAAAACUAAUAGGUUUGGAAUUUUAUUCAGCAAAACAAAACUUUGCAUGUUUGUCAUGCUUUUUUGUUUAUUUUUCACAUACUUGCACUACCAGAACACUGUUGUUGCUGAGGCUCCCUAUUAAUCCUAUUAAUAGUUGAUGGACAUCAUCGUUUUAGGCAAGAAGAGAGAGAUGUUUGACAAACCAGUUCCAGAACCCAGAUCAGGUGGUUCCAUUUCAGUAUCCUUUACACCAAGAGUUUUCAAAACAGCAGCCAGGGAAUCUAAAGCACCAGAGGAGGAAGAGGUAAGUUUGCAACUUCUUCAACCAAUGUUGAUAAUAACAUUCUAAUAAACAAAUUAAGAGCAAUAGUAAGUGGUAAUCUCGUAAAGAAGAACUUGCCACAACUUUAGAUCAGUUUACUUAAGUUGACAGUAAAACUAACUAAGGUAAAAAGGUAAAGCAAACAUAUUUUACGUUGAUAACUCGUGACAGUGAUAACUGAUAUGUCUUCUGAUAUGUCAUCGUCAUUUACAGUCUACUGGGCUCACUCACUAGAUGUUGCUUUAAGCAUCUAUAGGCCAAUUUUUUUUAGAUACUCAAAACUCUCUUUGCAUUCAUGUACAUCGUAAACUCAACCGGGUGAAAGAGAACUUGAAAAAAUUAAUAAUUCUUGUCCAUGAUCCAACCAUUUGUGAUAAUGAUUAACCCACUGCCAGAGUGAGUUAUGGCGCUCAUAAUUAAGGUCAUAUCUUGUCUUUUGAGUCUGUGGAAAAAAUCCACUUGUGAGGCAGUGAAGGGAGAAUCUGACCAUAUUAUCACAAAACUUCGUGUGAGCAUCAAAGACAACAAAAACUAACUGCAAAGUAAGUUUCAUUGGCUUUUAUUUAGUAUUUCUACAAAUUUUAGGAUCAUACAUGUAAAUUCACCCCAUACAAACACUAUAAUUUUACAGGAUUUGUACUGUCACAGAGCCUGGGUUGCCUGUGCUUUCACAUGGUGUUUGUUUUUCAACAUUUUACUAAAUGAAAUUUACCAAUUCUGCUGAAUUUUGACCUUGGCCACCUUUGGCAGUGAAAGAGUUAAAAAGUUAGAACUAUUUUUUCAGGCUCUUUGCCAACCACUUCUGUUGAUCACAUUGAUGUGAAAAGAUUCCAAUUUUGUUUUUUAACAUACCGUACAUGUAUGUUUCUGACUUAAUCAGAAGACAUGUAGGGUAGGCUCGUCCUCCUUACUUUUGUGUCAUUCUCAACAAUAUUUGCUUUAAGUCAGUUUUACAAAGCUCUGAAAUAUAUCUUUGCUUUUAACAGUGGCUUAAAAAAAUGGCAAGUGCAGGUCGCAAAACGGAUUACACAAACAGUGAUGCUAUCGAUAUGGAAGAAAUGAAUCCAAUAUGGCUAAAAGACAAAGGAAUGUAAGCUUACCCUCUCAUAAAAAUAUAUAAAAGACACUAAAAAAGAAUAGUGGUUAUACAGUCAAUCCUCCACUAAACAACAACCCCCCAUAAUGUGCACCCGAAAAUGAACAGCAAGCGGUUGGCACUGCAAUUUCACCACUAAAACCCUACAUUGUUCACUUACCAUACUUAACACCUCCCAUAAGGGGACGCCUAGCCUGGUCCUGCAAGCCAGCUAUAUGAAAGGAAUUCUGUGUUCUGAUUGACUUUCCAAGCAGGGAAGGUAAACAAACCCUUGGAAUUACCAACUUCAUUCGAACAAGAACAAUUUUUCUUUUGGCCAUGUCACAAAUCCUUUUUUAGCCGGAAAAGGUUGUUUAUUCAAUAAACUGGGGUUAGUAUAAUCCUUUUUUGUCUUUUUUGAAAUUGACCAAUAUCCAACCACUAUCUUGACCUUAAUAUGCUUGUGAUGCUUGGACUAUAACUAAAAUAUCCUGGACAUUUUUGAAAAGCUCAUGGCAUCUCUACCGAGUAGAAAUCUCCUGUACAAUGUUAACCUAAGAUCAGGCGUUAUUAUUAUUAUUAUUAUUAUUAUUAUUAUUAUUAUUAUUAUUAUUAUUAUUAUUAUUAUUAUUAUUAUUAUUAUUAUUAUUAUUAUUUUUUUCUUCUUUAGCUUCUUUGCUUCUUUGGUUCAAAAACAGAUUAUAGAGACAAAGGGAGAGGGCAUGAUCUCAGGCUAGUACAGUGUAUACAGUGGAAGCUCUCCUAACAGACACUCUGCUUACGGCCACCUUUAAGCUACCUUUAGAAACCCCUGUUUUCCUCAACUCCCAAACAAACUCUGUAUUUUUACAUUCCCGUAAGCGGCCAGCUCCAGUUACGGACACCUUUUUCCCGUCCCGAGGGUCCCGAGGGUGUACUCUCACAAGAGCUUCCACUGUAUUGCAGCUACGUAAAAGAAUACUGAUACAUACAUUUUGCUUACUGAUUUAAUUUUUACAGUGGAUUUUACAAGGUUGGAAACUAUGUGGCUGCCAUCAAUGCAUUUACCGCAGCCAUUGUGUUAGAUGGUUCAAUUCCAUCGUAUCCUUUGAGUACAAGCCUUUAUAUUACACUGUUGAGAAAAUGGCGAAGCAGUACCCUGUUUGAGCAAUAAAGAAAAACCACUUUGGAUCUGCAGGUCCAGGUUCAAGCCUUGGCUUGUCAAGCCUUUCCUUACCAAGCUUUGCAUUGUCUCCAUAGACAAGAACAGACUUAUAAUGGGCUGUCUCAGGGACGUACAGCUGGGGAUGGUGAUCCUGUGAUUGUCUAGAAUCUCUUCAGGGGAGAAACAGCGGUAAUAAUUAUGUACUCCCAGGUACCCCAUGCUGCAGAAACUGGGUUAAGAGCUCCAGCCUUGUAGGCCUGUGGCCCCAUGAGCGCUUUCUUUACCUUUCAUCAUCAUUAUCAUCAUCGCCAUCGUCAUAAUCAUCAUAAUCAUUAUCGUAAUAAAUAGAACAUUACAUGGCCGCUUGGGCAAAUGAAAUUUCCUUUCUCUUGUUGAAAACUGUCUGACUCGUUCGCUGUGCUCACUUUUGAAAUAUUUUUCAACUCUCGAAGAGAAAUUUCUGCGCGGCCAUGUAACAUCCUCUAUAAAAUGAUACUGAAUGUGUUUUUUUGCCUGUGAAGUGUUUUUUCUUAAUUUCACUCAGAUUAUACUCCAACAGGGCGGCUUGUCAUCUUCAGUUAAAACAAUACAAAGAAUGUGCACAAGAUUGCACUAGUGUAAGAUUCCGUCUCCUGUUUGUGAUAAUCAAUAACGGCUGUUCUUGUGGUUUCUGUAUUCUUACGACUCAAAUUUGAAUCAUGAUCAUUAUUAUAAACUUUUUUCAGGCGUUAGAGCUCCUGGUCCCUCCAGUUCAAGCAAACUCUUCAUCCAGAUGUAAAGCUUAUGUUAGAAGAGGGACGGCGUUCAUGCAGAUGGAGGAAUAUGUGUUAGGUAAUUAGCUAAAAAAUAUAUUUUUUGACAAAAUGAGAAAAUACUUUUGCCUGCGGAAACGUUCAAACAUGCAGUGCAGUGAUUGUCGAGUUUACAGUUUGUUCCAGAUGUUAAAAAUGAGCGUAUUUCCUAUUCUGCCUUCUUUUGUAUAUGACACUUUCAUUGUAAAUAAGAAGAGGAUAACUAUUAUAUGGGUUAUUAUAUGGCCGUGCGGAGAUACGAAGUAUUUUUUUAACACAAAAAGAGAAAUUUGGUAUCUCCGCUCGGCCAUUUAAUAUCCACGCAGUAUUACACACUCAGAUCAUUCCGCUGAACACUUGCAUCAGACAAGAUCGUGAUUAUCCAACAACUUUAGCCCAUUCAUCAAGUACUAAAAUUAACAGUGAAACAGUAGACCUUCCUCUCAGGGACCCACGAUACACCCGGUCACAUACAGUCAUUGUCAAUGAUCAGUUUACUUGCAUGUGUCAAUAUCCUUUGUAUAUCUUUUUAAUACAGCUCUUGAAGACUACGAGUCAGCUCUAAAACUUGACCCCCAAAACGCGGACCUACGGAGAGACUCAGACAGAAUACGGAAUAUCAUUCAGGGAACCACGUAG